AUGUCUGGUCGACGCGACUUCCUCAACCAGCAAGCGCCCGAGAACUACGUUGCUGGUCUCGGUCGCGGCGCAACUGGUUUCACAACACGAUCAGACCUUGGUCCUGCGCGCGAAGGUCCCAGUCCCGAACAGAUCCAGGAAGCUCUCGCGAAAAGAGCACAGCAACUUGGUGCGGCACCGCCCACCGCAUAUGGCGCCUCAGAUAAGAAGAAGCCCGAGGAAGAGGAGGACGAUGAGCGGUUUCAGGACCCUGAGAACGAGGUCGGGCUCUUUGCCUACGGCCAGUACGAUCGAGAAGACGAUGAGGCGGAUCGAAUAUACCAGGAGGUUGACGAUAAGAUGGCCAAACGGCGGCAAGCAAGAAGGGAAGCCCGAGAAAAACAAGAACAAGAAGAAUUCGACCGAAACAAUCCCAAAAUAUCCGAGCAAUUCGCAGAUCUCAAGCGAGGGUUGGCCACCAUGACUGAUGAUGACUGGGCCAACCUACCAGACGCCGGCGACAUGACGGGAAAGAACAGGCGAACGAAGCAAGACAUGAAAAAGCGCUUCUAUGCGGUGCCUGACAGUGUACUUGCGGGCGCGAGGGAUUCCACGGAGUUCCAAACGAGCGUACAGGAUGAUGCAAACACCACAGAUGCCGCCGACGGAACGAUGACUAAUUUCGCUGACAUUGGUGCCGCCCGCAACAAGGUGCUGCAAGCCCGGAUGGAUCAGGCUCAGGCAACGCAAGGUGAUGGUGCUAGCAACGGAACAUCGACAAGUCUUGAUCCAAAAGGCUACCUCACCAGCCUCGCAACGUCGGAGUUCAAGGCCAGCGAGGUUGAGCUCGGCGAUGUGAAUCGAGUCAGAACCCUCCUUGAGUCGGUCAUCAAAACCAAUCCGAAACAUGCUCCUGGAUGGAUCGCGGUAGCCAGACUCGAAGAAUUGGCUGGGAAAACCGUGGCGGCAAGAAAACUUAUUGCAAAGGGUUGUGAGCAAUGUCCGAAGAGUGAAGAUGCGUGGCUAGAAAACAUCCGCUUAAACGACAAUCACAACGCCAAAAUCAUUGCAGCCAGUGCCAUCAAGAACAAUGAAAGGUCCACGCGCCUAUGGAUUGAGGCGAUGAAACUCGAGUCGGACAACAGAGCUAAGAAGCGUGUCCUUCGCAUGGCUCUCGACCACAUUCCUCAAUCAGUCGCCAUCUGGAAGGAGGCAGUUAACCUUGAAGAAGAUGCUGCCGAUGCCAGACUUAUGCUUGCAAAGGCAACUGAGAUCAUUCCCCUAUCCGUCGAACUGUGGCUGGCUUUGGCACGACUUGAAAGCCCCGAAAACGCUCAGGCUGUUCUCAAUAAGGCCAGGAAGGCGGUGCCGACCAGUUACGAAAUCUGGAUCGCUGCAGCACGGUUACAAGAGCAAAUGGGUAAUGCCAAUAAGGUGAACCUCAUGAAUAGAGCUGUAAAAGCCCUGGUUCGAGAGUCAGCCAUGCCCAAGCGUGAAGAGUGGAUCACGGAAGCUGAAAAGUGCGAAGAGGAAGGCGCUGUCAUUACCUGCUCCAACAUAAUUCGCGAGACUUUAGGCUGGACUUUGGAAGAAGACGACGAUCGGAAAGAGAUCUGGAAGGACGACGCCAAAGCCAGCAUUGGGCGAGGCAAAUAUGAGACCGCAAGAGCAAUCUAUGCGUAUGCCCUACGUGUAUUCCCAACCAGUAUCUCCCUAUGGCUCGCUGCAGCUGACCUGGAGCGCAAUCACGGCAAAAAGCCAGAUCUCUGGCAACUACUCGACAAAGCUGUUGAAGCUUGCCCACAAUCUGAUGUCCUGUGGCUGCAGCUUGCCAAGGAGAAAUGGGAUGCCGGAGAUAUCGACGGCAGCAGAUUGGUGCUCGCAAACGCCUUCAAGCAAAAUCCCGGAAACGAAGAAAUCUGGCUCGCGGCUGUCAAACUCGAGGCUGAUGCUGGGCAAGUUGACCAGGCACGGGAACUGCUCAGCCAAGCUCGGCUGGAAGCUCCAACCGAGCGUGUCUGGUACAAGUCCGCCGCCUACGAACGCCAGCUUGGUAACAUUGACGUGGCCCUCGACCUCGUUUUGCAAGGGCUCACUUCAACGGUCAUCGGCAAGAAGGAAACACGCUUCCCGCGCUCCGCAAAGCUCUGGAUGACCAAAGGCCAGAUCUACCAAGACAAAGGCAUGAUCCCACAAGCCCGCGACGCAUUCGCGCAAGGCACUCGCGCCUGCCCAAAAUCCGUACCACUCUGGCUACUUGCAGCUCGCCUCGAGCAAGCUGCCGGCAUAACCAUCAAGGCCCGCUCCGUCCUCGACCGGGCACGACUGCAGAAUCCCAAAAAUGCAGAGCUCUGGGCGGAGAGCGUACGCGUCGAACUCAAGGCCACACCGCCCAACACGGCGCAGGCCAAGGUGCUCAUGAGCAAAGCGCUACAGGAGUGUCCCAAGUCGGGCCUCCUCUGGUCAGAGAAUAUUUGGCACUUGCAGCCGCGCACACAGCGCAAGCCGCAGAGUCUGGAAGCUAUCAAGGCCGUCGACAACGACCCCAUCCUCUUCGUGACGGUCGCUCGCAUAUUCUGGGGCGAGAGAAAGUUGGACAAGGCCAUGACGUGGUUUGAGAAGGCACUCGUUUUGGAUCCGGAUUUGGGUGAUACGUGGGGCUGGUAUCUGAAGUUUUUGGGCCAGCAUGGCACUGAUGAGAAACGCGAAGAGGUAAUCUCGAAGUGUGUGGCGAACGAACCGAAACAUGGAGAGGUGUGGCAGCGCAUACGGAAAGAUCCGAAGAAUGCGAGUCUGAAGACGGAGGACGUGUUGAAGAGGGUCAUGGAAGAGUUGCGGUAA